CCUCCCCCCCCUUCUCUCUGUUAUUAUCAAAGAUAAAGGGAAUUUCGAUCUACACGUCGCUGGUGUGAUUGUAGUAGUUGUUUUGAAAGGAAGAGAGAAGUGGGUGUUGCUGGAUUGUUGGAGUAUUUCAUGAUUUUGAUGCAUUUGAGGACCUGUCUUUGAACAAGCGUCAACAAACAGGGGAUUUUGUAUUCGGAUUCCUCUCUUCUAUUUGUCCUUAUUUCCAAUCGAAAAGAUUCCCCGAGUUUUUUCAAUGGCAGCUUCUUUGAGAAGCACUGUAACCGUUUCUGGUUCGAACGAAUUUGUGCUGAACAAGGAUAAGAGAGCCGUUGGAAUUUCUUCUUCCCAUGGGUCUCUGUCCUAUACGCCACCAAAAUCUUCAGAUCAUAAGGGAAGACAGGGGAUCCUUCUUGUAGAGCGGAGGAGCUCCAAAACUCAUUCUAAUUUCUCCAUUAAUGCUCAGGCAUCGGUCUGCAUUCCCCGUUCUAUGAGAUGGUGGGAGAAAAGCAUUCAUUCCAACAUGAAUCAGAUCAAUUCGGCUCAACAUCUCGUUGAUUCCUUGUUAAAUGCAGGAGAUAAACUUGUUAUAAUUGAUUUCUAUUCACCUGGUUGUGGGGGUUGCAAAGCUCUUCAUCCUAAGAUCUGUCAGAUUGCGGAAAUGAACCCGAACGUCCAAUUCCUUCAAGUCAAUUACGAAGAACAUAAAUCCAUGUGUUAUAGUCUCAACGUUCACGUACUACCCUUCUUCCGCUUCUACAGAGGCGUGCAAGGUCGUCUAUGUAGCUUCAGCUGCACCAAUGCAACCAUCAAGAAAUUCAAAGAUGCAUUGGCGAAGCAUGGUGGUGAACGUUGCAGUCUCGGACCCGCCAGAGGUCUAGAAGAAUCUGAGCUAUUGAGUUUAGCUGCUAAAAAGGAACUUGCUAUUCAUUUCCCAUUGAGAUCUGCUACUGGAAAUACAGAGGAUUUUGUUCUACUCAAUAAGAUUGAAGAAUCAGAAAAUGCAGCAUUGGCAGUAUGAAGCUCCUACUGAUGCCUAAUCGCGAUUAAGCAUGGAGGAAAACAGCUUCAUGAUUUUAUUUUUAUUUCUUUUUCUUUUUUAUUGAGCUUCCCAUAAUAGAGGGCUUAUUGUUUUUUGUUUAAGCCCAUGCGAUUGGUUAUUCUGUCAGUGGAUGAUCAUAGCUAUGAUGAAAGAGGUUUCAAUGUUCUUCAA